AUGAUCAUCGUCUUCAUGCUACAACAGGAGUCUAAUUAUUCAGGUGAGACUAUUGAAAACGUGUUCGAUGAUUCCUUCUUCGGUUCGGAUAUUUGGGAGCUAUUUUCCUCGAAUCCAGACACGGAGCCACGCACCGUCUGUGGAAUCGAAGCCUCAGAGAAUGGCAAACCUGUCUUGCUGCCAGUUGCAAAAUAUGACAUCGUUUUCGUCAAGCUUGGUUCGCCGAUCUCCGGUUCAAUAUGCGGAAGCAGUGGACUUCCGCCGUCAAGAAUUCCGGCAGACGCAGAAACCCUACUCAACUGCGACUGGUCUCUUUGGUUCCGAUUAGCAAAGGCAUCUUCUAAAUUCGGCAACCCAUCCGCUUUUUGCACGCAUAUUUCCGAAUCGCUACUCGAAACAUUCACGGUCCUGAUCCCACCGCUAGAAUAUAAGCUGAUCUGUGAGCAAGUGAAUCACAGUCAGGGCCAUGAUGGGCAUUUGAUAUCGGUCGCUUGCAGUAACUGGUCAAUAAAACUCGUUUUCCCGCAAUCGCAAUCACAACCUGACACAUCUCAAGAAGAAGAUACAUGUGCUCUGAUCGGAUAUGCCCUUACGCCAAAAGAGAAUGGGAAUCUGGUCAAAAAGCCUAUGUGUGCUUGCAGUGGUGAUGAAAUUCUUGCGGAGCUGCUCUGGCAACUUAAUAUACCAUUUGAUGACAUCGUCGAAAAAGUUACUGUGAAUUCUCGUCUGCUGCCUUUAGGCUUGUCGCCCCUGCUGACACGCAGCGAUGAAGACCGGCCAAGCUUCAUUCCGGCUAACACGACAAACAUCGCUCUGAUCGGUCAGUAUGUUGAGAUUGAUGGAGAGUCAACACUUAGUUUGGAGUACGGCGUACGCAGUGCUGAGCUAGCAGUACAACGCCUGCUGAACCUGGACAUCAGUCUUCCUAAAGUAAAGAGAUCGACCGUGGUGGCGAGAUAUGGUAAUUGCCCCAGGAAAGAUUACAUUCAAUGA